CUGGUCAGAAAAUCAAGGUGCCAACUCAGCAACUUAUUGGGCCCCAUAGCCCAACGUCAUCAAAAUUCCUUCUAUAAAUACGCCACUCGCUCCUCUCUUUCCUAAAAUCUUCCCCAUUCAGCCCCCUUCCCUGCUUUCUUACAGAGGAAGAAGAUCUCUCCGCCAUUAAUCUGCCGCCCUUCCUUCAUCUUCUUCCUCUGUCAUUCCCAACUCCAAAAAAAAUCUUAUUUCAACUCUUAUUCUUCUUUUCCAUAGAUUCAAUGGCGGCUCCUCUAAUUCCUCAAUUGCUACUCCUCUUCAUCUUGGGUACUGCUAAUUUCUUCCCAAUCGGCGUCGUUUCCACGACCUUCACGAUCACCAACCAGUGCGACUACACGGUUUGGCCGGGCAUUCUCUCCAACGCCGACGUGGCGCCGCUGCCCACCACCGGAUUCGCGCUCCAGAAGGGUGAGACACGGACCAUCUCCCCGCCGGCCUCCUGGGGCGGCCGCCUCUGGGGCCGGACCCACUGCUCCGAGGACUCCACGGGAAAAUUCUCCUGCAUCACCGGCGACUGCGGCUCCGGCAAGGUCGAGUGCUCCGGCGCCGGCGCCGCUCCCCCCGCCACGCUCGCCGAAUUCAAGCUCGACGGCUACGGCGGCCAGGACUUCUUCGACGUCAGCCUCGUCGACGGCUACAACCUCCCCGUCCUCGUCUCGCCGCAGGGCGGGUCGGGACAGAACUGCUCCAGCACCGGCUGCGUGGUCGAUCUGAACGGCGCGUGUCCUUCUGAUCUCAAGGUCGUCUCCGAGGCUGGAGAGGGCGUCGCGUGCAAGAGCGCGUGCGAGGCCUUCCGCCAGCCGCAGUACUGCUGCGAUGGGGCUUACGCGACCCCCGACACCUGCAAGCCGACGUCGUAUUCGCUCGCUUUCAAGAACGCCUGCCCACGCGCUUACAGCUACGCGUACGAUGACAAGACCAGCACUUUCACUUGCUCCUCCGCCGAUUACGCCAUCACCUUCUGUCCCACUCCCAGCACCAGGUCAAAAGGCGUCGCAGGGUCAGAACCAGGGAACGACGACGAUGACAUCGCCGCCGCCACCGGGGAUCACGGCUGGCGGAAACGACGGGAGGGGCAGUUCGCCGUUUGUUGACGGCUCGAUGGUGUACGAAGGCGGGGAGUUGGCCAACAACGGCGGUGCGGCGACCACGUGUACCCACGUGGGUGCUGCCGUCAGCAUCACAUUGGCCGUAUGGCGGUUGAUGCAGUUCUUCUGAAAACCUUUUUUUUGUUUUUGUUUUUAAUACUGGAUCACAUGGGUCGGCCGGGCGGGUUGGCUGAUGGGUCGGGGAUUAUGGGAGAAAUGGCCCGUGACCCAUGCCGCCAUGGAGAAACCAAUAACAUGGUGGUGUGGGGCCUACGGCAUGUGAGGGCCACGUAGGACACCACUGAAAUGGGCCGUGGGCCCGUUGGGCUGACGGGGAGGUGGACUCGCUAAUGGGAAAGCGAACUAAGUUGGCCCGUCAAAACUGAUAGGCAGGCGCUACCCGAGGUUAUUAAUUAAUUAUUAAAUUAUUAGUGAUGUUAGAUGGCCCGUCCAUCGUUGGAGACGAAAUUAGCUAGGAAUUGAGGGGUUGUAUUCUUUAUAGAGGUAGGUUAAUUUAUUAUAAAAUUCUUUUUACCCUUUUGGGGUGGUGAAAGUUUUUAGAGGAGGGGAUUCAUUUUCAGAGGAAUUUGUUAUUCUACCACAUGUAACACCACAAUUAAAGAAGAAGAAGAAAAAAAAGAAUCUUAUUAAUAAAAUAAAGAUUUAAGAUUGAUUAUCA